AUGACCCAUUCGAUAAGAGACGAUGGAUAUUAUAACAUGACACACCAGUUUAUCCUUGCACAACAAAUCAUUUCGGAGCAUUUGGGUAAAACAGCUGAAUUGCCAUGUCCUGUGAACACGGAAAGUUGCGGUGCACUGCAUUCGAUCAACUGGUUCAAAGGUGAUACACGAAUUGCAGCUGUGCUGCUGGAUGAUAGCAAUAUAACUAGUGUCUCAGAAGGCUAUAAAGAUAGAGUAAUAGUGGAGCAAUCUCCAUUUAAAUUAAUUAUUAAGGACUUGCAAAUAUCUGACGAAGAUAUCUACCUAUGUGAUACAACAUUUUUUAUACCAUUAGAAGCUUGUGAUAACUACAAUGGAUAUCGUGUAAAACUUAAUGUCUUAGUGCCACCAACCGAGGUUGUGAUAAUUGAUGAGAAAGGAGAUCGCAUUGAGAACGGAACUGUUCUUGGACCGCUACAGGAAGGACAUACACUUAGAUCGACGUGUAUUGUGAAAAAAACAAGACCACAGCCAAGCGUUGGAUGGUUUAGAGGAAAUAAGCGAUUAACAACACAUUCACCCACCUACGAUGAAAAGGAUGGUCUCUAUACAGCCACUUUGGAAUUAUCGUUGGUAUUAUCACGCCUGGAUUUGAACAGUACAAUUGAAUGUCGAGUUGAAUCAUCGGCAAUUCAGGGCACAAUCCGCAGCGCAAUCCACAUCGAUAUGCAAGUUCGUCCAACGGGCAUAACAUUGUCUGGAGUGGAACAUCACACCGUUCAAGGCAGCAAAGUUGUGUUAACAUGUCAUGUCUAUGGAGCCCGACCAGCUGUCAAUAUUUCAUGGUCGAAUUCCUCAGUGCCAAUUCUUGAUAAAGAGAAUGCCCUCACAGAAAUCCGAACGCAAGAGAACGAAGAAAACGAUGGCACUUUUCACACAAGAAGUGAGCUGGUUUUUAACGCCUCUCGCUUUGAAAAUGACAUGGUAUUCCGUUGUGACGCCGACAAUGUUGUCCUACAAAUGAAUCGUGAGAAACCCAUUUACUCCUUUGUAACAUUGGAAGUGAUGUACCCACCCGUGGUGAAAGUCAGUCCACCUCACAUAACAGUGAACACAAGCGAUACGGUUCUGUUAAACUGUGAAUAUGUUGCAAAUCCUGCCACGCUGACAAGUGUUAAAUGUUAUGAAGUAAUAGUGGAGCAAUCUCCAUUUAAAUUAAUUAUUAAGGACUUGCAAAUAUCUGACGAAGAUAUCUACCUAUGUGAUACAACAUUUUUUAUACCAUUAGAAGCUUGUGAUAACUACAAUGGAUAUCGUGUAAAACUUAAUGUCUUAGUGCCACCAACCGAGGUUGUGAUAAUUGAUGAGAAAGGAGAUCGCAUUGAGAACGGAACUGUUCUUGGACCGCUACAGGAAGGACAUACACUUAGAUCGACGUGUAUUGUGAAAAAAACAAGACCACAGCCAAGCGUUGGAUGGUUUAGAGGAAAUAAGCGAUUAACAACACAUUCACCCACCUACGAUGAAAAGGAUGGUCUCUAUACAGCCACUUUGGAAUUAUCGUUGGUAUUAUCACGCCUGGAUUUGAACAGUACAAUUGAAUGUCGAGUUGAAUCAUCGGCAAUUCAGGGCACAAUCCGCAGCGCAAUCCACAUCGAUAUGCAAGUUCGUCCAACUGGCAUAACAUUGUCUGGAGUGGAACAUCACACCGUUCAAGGCAGCAAAGUUGUGUUAACAUGUCAUGUCUAUGGAGCCCGACCAGCUGUCAAUAUUUCAUGGUCGAAUUCCUCAGUGCCAAUUCUUGAUAAAGAGAAUGCCCUCACAGAAAUCCGAACGCAAGAGAACGAAGAAAACGAUGGCACUUUUCACACAAGAAGUGAGCUGGUUUUUAACGCCUCUCGCUUUGAAAAUGACAUGGUAUUCCGUUGUGACGCCGACAAUGUUGUCCUACAAAUGAAUCGUGAGAAACCCAUUUACUCCUUUGUAACAUUGGAAGUGAUGUACCCACCCGUGGUGAAAGUCAGUCCACCUCACAUAACAGUGAACACAAGCGAUACGGUUCUGUUAAACUGUGAAUAUGUUGCAAAUCCUGCCACGCUGACAAGUGUUAAAUGGUAUCGUAAUACAGAUUUAGUAAAUGUCAAUGACACUGACCGAUAUGAAGGUGGUAAUUCAGAGAAUGUUGCACUUGUCAUAAAAUCAACUGACAAAAGAGACAUUGGUAAUUAUUCAUGUCAUUUAUCGAAUUCCAUUACAACUGGCAAAGGAGUUUCCGAAACACAAAUUGAAUUGGAUGUACAAUAUGUGCCAAUUGUUGAAGUUCUAAUGACACCCGAAGGACCUGUUAAAGAAAGUGACGAAUCAAAUGUUACACUUUAUUGUAAUGUUGUCGAUGCGAAUCCAUCGCAAUUGACAAAAGUACGCUGGUAUGCUAAUUCAUCGCUACUUAAGGAGUUACCUGAUUGUUCUGAAACAAAUGAAGAUCUUUGUCACAUUGAUCCUAGUAAAUUGCUCCUUGAGAGCAUUGGUCGUGGUUUUUUCUACAACUAUUCAUGUGAAGGUUUCAAUGCAGCCGGUUGGGGGCCACGUUCUGAUGAUAAGGAAUUAAUGGUCCAUUAUGAACCAGGACAAGCAACACUCACCCAUUUCCCCCUCAUCGCAGUGAAAAAGAAGAGCGUCAGCUUCUCGUGCUCUGUCGAUGAUCCCGGCUAUCCAGAAUCGAAUAGAUUCCGCUGGUUUCGUGGUGGACGCGGUCCACUCCAGGAUGUGGUAACCAAAGAUUGGACUGUCGAACCUGUUGGUCUGGACAGUCGCACAAAUUACUCUUGCUAUGCAUACAACGAGGGUGGCCAUGGGGUGCCAGCCACAGUCAACCUGGAAGUCCAUGCUCCGCCAUUUUUUAUAAAGAACCUCUUCCCGUACACGGGCAUUGUGUAUUCGAGCAGGAACGCCUCGUUAAUGUGUCGCAUUGAAUGUGUGCCCAGGUGUACGAUAUCGUGGUACAAGGAUGGCAUCGCCCUGGAACCCGAUAAUGAGCGGUAUUUCGUGAAGGAGGAAUAUAUGGCUGCUUCCCCGGCAACAGGGGACUUUGAGAGUGUAAUGUCAGUGCUGCAUUUCAAUAUGACAGCAUGGCCAAAUAAGAGAUUCGACAUUGACGUUGAUAGCGCCAAUUAUUCGUGUGUAUCAUCGAGCAAUGCGGUUGGUCCUGGCAUUAAAAGUGCCACAUACUUCAGUAUUGAAUAUGCCCCAGAAAACACAACAGUGACAGAUGAGGUUGUGCAUGUCCUUGAAGGUAACAUUCCCGGGCGAGUAGUGUGCAAAUCAAAAGCAAAUCCUGAACCAUCAUACGAGUGGAGAUUCAACAAUAAAACGAUUAACCGUGGCAGCACUCUGAUUAUAAAUAAUCCUAUGUCAAGGAACGAUACAGGACGAUACACUUGUGCGGCAUUUAACAAACAUGGCUCAAGUGUGUCAGAUACAUUUAUCGAUGUUCAAUUUAAGCCAAAAUGUGAAAUCGAGAGGCGAGAAAUCGACGAUAAGGAUACGUUAAUAUGCACAGCAUUCGGAAAUCCCAUUGAGGCCGACUUCUCAUGGUCAAUUAAGGCGGAGAACGAUUCUGUGGAGCAUCUGAGCAAUAGCAAAAUUAAAGGGGAAAAGAGCUUUUAUAUCCUGGAUGAGGAUUAUGCGAUUGCAAGGACGUAUCGUUGUGUGGCGAAUAAUUCCGUUGGAGCUGGAACGUUCUGUGAAAUUGAAGUUGCCGAACAACUUGCUUGGUGGCAAAGAUGGGACAAAACAACUCUAAUUAUCCUUGUUGCAGCCGUACUAGCCCUCCUUCUGGCUGUAAUAAUAAUCUGCUGUAUUAUAAUUUGCAUUUGCCGGCGAAGACGACGACAGGAUAAAUAUGAGAUGUCCCGUCCGGUGGUGCCCCCACCACUGCCACCGAGGAAUCCGAGAUUGCUGAAGAACUCUGUUAAUUCUACGAACCUUUUGACAAAUGUGUCCGCAACUAGUGCUAAUGAGUUGCUCCCAAAACCCACAAAUAAUGAGACAGAAUGUCACGAAACAUCACCACCAAGUGACGAGGACGAAGAGAGUCCGAUUCAGAUGACACACGCUAAUAACUCCGAGUCCGCUGCCAGCGUCAGUGCAGCUGUUAAGAUUGUAAGAGGAUCAGGAUUUUUAGAUAGGUUUGCAACACUGGGUGAUAUUUUCAAGCGACGAAAAGACGACGACCGAACGAGGGACAGUCAACGUUCUCAUGUGGGUCUAUUGAAUUCGAUGCUUAAUGCGCCGAAGGCAUUCUGGAGGCAAAAGGAUGAUUCGAAUCCUUUUUCAUCCGAGCAUCGAUUGAAGGGAAUUCGUUGUUCUGGCAGUGUUACGUACAAAAAGACGCCCACCUUGACGCGUUCGUCGGCGACAACGGUGGCGGCUUCCGAAGCAGCGCCAUCCGACGGUGAUGUGGUGGCAACAACCACAUCAUCAGUUAGCGACCCUGCGCAACCAAAGACGCAAACAAUGGCAAAUGAGAUACACGACAAGUCAUCUUCACUGGGGGAUCCAUUGACGGAACCUGGAGAGUAUGAGAAUCUACCAUUUCAUGGUCUGCAAACGGCUCCUAAUAAGUUUAUUACGACUCCUACAAAUUUUAAUAACAAUACCAAUGUGGUACGUGUUGCCCCACGUCCCAAACGACUACUAACCUCAAAUCAUGACAUCGCAAGUAACCAACAACAAGAUCAACUAACCCAUCAUCAAUAUCAUUCGAAUAUUCAAAAUCAUCAACUUCAACAACUCCAAAACCAGCAGUCUCAGCAACAACAAUCUUAUAACACAAUUGAAUACAAUCGGAGUUGUAAUCCAUCCCUGAAUAAUACCAUCAAAAGUACACGGAGCAGUGCAGCAAUCAUGGAUAGUAAUAGUUUAGGAAUUCCACCCCCACCCCCAGAUCAUCAAUAUCAUCCCCAAAAUGGCCCCCAACAACAACAACAACAACAACUAACCUACAGCCUUAACAAUUGCUUCCCUAAGAGCUACACCGAAUACUACCAUCAGCAACAGCAGCAGAAGUUCUCCACAUCGAACUCGCAGUUGCUGAACUCAAUCGAACACAAUUACCCGUAUACGGUUGUGGAACGUGGCACAGCAGCGAGUGUCACCGGAACCAGCAGCAAUGCAGUGGCCAUUAAUAAUAACGGCAACAAUCCCUUUCUCGCAGCGGGCGAUUUCAAGAAAUUCGACACGAGUACCGGUGGCAGCAUGCAUCGAACAAAACGUUCCAAGGGACAUGCCAGCAACAAUGGAGGCAGCACGAUAGGUGGCAAUGGCAGCGGAAUGCCGGAAGGGGAGAAGAAAUUCUAUUCGUUGAAGUUUCCGGGUAAUAAAAAAUCGCAUCACCAUUUGAAUUCGAUUAAGCCAGUGGCCAGUGGCAGCAUUGGGGUUCCGAUAAUCGGGGGAGCGGCAAACAAAUGCAAGCGACAUCAUUCCUUUGCUGGUGCCGGUGAUGGCGAUGUCGGUGGCGGUGGUGGUGUUGGGGGUGGCGCGGUGCCCCCACCAACCUAUGCAACCCCGAUGCAGUCCAAAAUGAGAUUCUACGAGCCUCCGGUCUAUGAGAAUUUAAACGAUUCGAUUCAGAUACACGAAUGCCAGGUGGACACUCACCAUGUCCCGGCUUCGCAGUUGCAGCAGAAGGAACGCCUAGCAUCAAAUCCGCAGCUGCAGCAAAUGCAGCAGCAGCACCAUCACAAAAAGCGACAUCACCAACACAUGCACCAGAAAAAGGUUGAUGACUUCAAUUUAAUAGAACCGGAAAGACUGAGCAUCUACCGCAGCGAUUCGGGCAUCUCGAAUAGCUCGUAUGAGUGUGUGACGCCAGUACCAGCUCCCAGAGUUGGUUCUGGUGCCACUAUUGUCUCAGCGACGGGCAAAACCCAGACAAGUCGCAAUGCAACCCCCCUGUCACACACGACACCCGUCUACAUGAAUGUAGAUGGCACAGCAGUCGGCAGCAAUGGAGGUGGCGGCGGUGGAAAUUCCACAUCUCCGUUUGAAUCGCCCUCAUCACAGAAUGAUCCCUCAGCUGAUCCAACCUCGGCGUCAUCAUGUCAAAGUUCGUACAGUGCGACGAACCGUUGUAGUCGGCAUCCUCAAGGUUUGUCGGGCUUAGUGGGAAGUGGCAGCAGCCAUCAGGAGGCAACCACACCUGAAGACGGUUCCUCAUCGGCGACGACAACAACAACGACAGUUAAUGGAAAUACGACAUCAUCGUCGGGAAAGUGUAAAAGACGGACGCCAAGCUCCUGUUCAGCUUCGCUGCAGAGUCUAGAGGUUUGUAUUUUUACUAAACCGUUAGCAGCUUCGAAUUUUGAUGACGAACUGGAAUAUGCCGAUAUGGAUUUUCACAAUUAUGGUCCAAUUAAUUAUAAAGCUGCAUCGGUAUAUGCUUUAGUUAAAAAGGACAAGAAGACCGGUGCCCUUAAUUCAGUUAAGAAAUAG